UUUAGAAGUUUAGAGAUAUGAGCGCAGCAAUUGGUAAGUCGGGAACAAGGGUGGAACAUUCGCAAAAGGUUUGAGGACCCUGGUGAAAUUUACCCUAUAUGUACAUAGCGAUCGUUUCAGUGCAUGUUUGUACUGUUUCCAGUGGUGCGGUGGCGCCGGCAUCGUCCUACAAAGAAAGAGAAUAAUGAAGAAGCUGAGAUGGGUGAUGGAUGGAGGGUUUUGGGACGUGGAUGUGUCAACGCCGGUGACCCUUGACGGCGUAGCCCGCCCUGUUCCUGGCGACCCACUCCAUUUGGGGAUUUCUCGUGGGCCCAGGUUUUCUCGUCCCAAGCAGAUUGAUUUCUUCCAGCGCUUCAUGUUUAUGCCUUUAGUCCCCUCCUUUUCCCACUAUGGAGAUGUAGGCCUUUCUCUUCAACGCGUCUUCUCUCUCUAUCGCGAAACCUGGUUUAUGACUUUACUUGGUCAGUUCAAUGUACAGAAGUUUGUGACUUCUCUCAGGACGAAGGGGUUCAGGCAAGAGUCAGAUUCCUCGUGGUUGCAAAAUAUUAGGAGACAUCUUUCUGAUCAAUCUUUCUAUGGCCUCAAUUUCUGUUCAGAGUUGUUGUUAACACCGGAUGAUGUAUUGACACUUAGCUUAGAAACACAUGGUGAUCAAAACACUCCUCGAAAGAAAGCAGUAUUUCAUCACAAGUUUCCACUUCACAAUCUAACUGUGGAGGCAGCUUCCCCCGCACUUUUUGUUGAUCAGCAUGGUAACUACUGGGACGUUCCAUUCUCUAUCUCAAUGGAUCUUGCACCAAUUGCUUCUGAUUCUGGUACAAGCUGUCGUUUCUGCAUCAACCAUACAACAGGUAAUCCAAAACCAUAUGAAGGCCAGCCGACUAGCAGAGUUCCUGCUUCUAUACUUCCAGGUCUCUGUACGAAAUGUGCAGUUUCUUGCAAGAAAAAUGUCGACAUUUGGAGAAGUGAAGCACCAAAGAUGAAAAUGGUGCAACCUUAUGACAUCUUUCUCUCUAGCCCUCAUAUUUCAGCAUCAGGAAUCUUAGGUGCUGUCAUCACUGCUUCUAUUGGAGAGAAUUCAAUCAGAACCCAAGUAGAAGAUGGGUCAUUGAAUUCAAAAGGCUUCUGUCUUCAAGCCAGAGGAGCAAAUUCUGCGAUUUUAGCUGAUUUUUUUGCAAGUGCAUCGCUCUCUGCUCAACACGGAAAUUUCCAAAGGAGGUUUCUUGACCUUACUCAGUUUUAUGGACGGCUAGAUAUUCCUUCUGGGUCAAAAUUCCUGUCUGGUGCCACACGUCUGGCAUGCGAUCUUUAUAAUUCUGAAACACCUACUGUGCAAGCAGUUCAGGCAAUUUGUCCCACUGCCUCGCUUUCAUUUCAGCAGCAGAUUGCUGGACCAUUCAGCUUCAGAAUCGAUUCGGGAGUGACAAUUGAUCUGAAGAAAGACUUGUAUUUAAGUGUGAAGGAUCCCGUAUUUGCUGUCGAAUAUGCCUUGCAAGUUCUGGGUUCAGCAAAGGCUAUUGCUUGGUAUGCGCCCAGACACAGAGAGUUCAUGAUAGAGCUACGGUUUUUCGAGACUUGAAAAAACAUAUUCCUUCAUUUGCUACUGGUCUUCACGCUUUGACUGCCUUGGCAACUUUCUUUCGGGUUUUCCGAAGUGUGUUCCAUUUCAGCGUGUUUACUGUUUGUAACCAUUAAACAUUGUACCAUAUUUUAAGCAGUGUUAUUUGGAAGAAAAUAACUGAACUUUCAACGAAGGCUCGACUGGGUUACUAAA